AUGGGACUGACACCGAUCGUCGCUGUUUGAAUCGGACUUCCAUGGCACAAUUAUCGAUUUCAUAGCCCCUCCCCCUCCUCUAACCCUUUUGUAUGCAUCACUCCGACGAUUGCAGCAGAGGUGGCCGUGAAACCCCAACACAAAGAUUUGCUUGAAGCGAGAGGAUUUUACCAGUUUCGAUGGAGGAAGAUAGAGAUGAUUCUUCGGCUUCCUCUUCUUCCUCUGGCAUUCAGCCGCGGGGGUUGCUAGUACUGUUUGCCAUCUUUAUCCUGUUCUGCCUCCCCUCCCUCUUCUCUGCUUCCUUUCGUGGCUUUCGCGCGGUGUUCGUCAAGAACGGAUGGGACACUCUCAACUUCGUCCUCGUCCUUUUCGCCGUCCUCUGCGGCGUCCUCGGCCGCCGGAACUCCGGCGACGACACCGGCAAGUCCCCCUCCGCUUCAUCCCCCAAGGACGUCUGGUACAACGAUCACUCGGCGCAGCUUAGCAGCUACCUUGAUCACGCUGCGGUGGGCCAUUCGACGAGGAUGAGGAGGAUGAGGAGCAGCAGCUCCUACCCGGACCUGAGGCAGGAGGCCGCGUGGGGCGGUGCCUCCGUCGCUGAAGGGUGGCAGUUCUUCGACGACAUCCAUCUGUAUCGUCGGAGGUCGGAUUCAGGUAGCUGGGAAAGCCAGAGGUUUAGGGGGUCGUCGGGCAAGGCCAUUCCGGUGGCUUCGUUUGUUAUCCGGCAGAGCCGUUCUCCAGUAUCGAGAUCUCCGCCGAGUCAGCCGCCGCCUACUCCUCCGACCACGGCGCAGCGGUUGCCCAAGAGGAACUUACAAAAGCUUCAGCAGAAUGUGGUAGAAAAAGAUGCGAUCUUUGAAACGUGGAAUUCCCAACCGCCAUCAUCCCCGCCAACGGCGCAGCCUCGGCGGCGACACGGCAGAAGGAGGAGCCUCGAGAAGUUUCCGGGGAGGGAGGUGGAGGGAGACGCGAAUCCUGGAACAAGACAUAGGAGGAGUAGGACCGUCGAGGAUCUCCCAGAUUGGAAGGUGGAGCAACAUUGGAACACGGGAGCACAGAAGCCACACACGCCACAUCCAACGCGUCGGCCACGCUCUCCAUCGCCGCCGUCGCAGCCUCAUGAGGUGAAGACGAACAAUAAGAAGAGGAGAGGAGGAGGUGCCAAGGAUAUCGCCGCCGCCAUCGCUUUAUUCUACAAGAAGAAAAAGAGAGGGAGCAAGACGAAGAGGAGCCACGACGAUAUAUCGCUUUACAUGGGGGCAUCUUCUUCUUCGCCGCCGCGACCCCGGUCUUCCUCUGUCUUGCACCACCUGUUCUCUCACAAGAAGAGUAAGAACCGAGGGUUUCACUCAUCAUCAACGUCUCCUCCGCAUUCCCCUCCGUCGCCGCCAUCCCUUCCUUCAACCUGGCGUUCUGCUAAGCAAUCCUCUCCUCCUCCCUCGCCACCACCUCCUCCGCCAACCCGCCAAUAUAAGAGGCAAGCGCCACUGCCUCCGCCACUCCCUCCGGCUCCACCACAGGGUAAGCUCGACAUGAGGAAAGAAAAGCUCAAUCUUUCUGAUUUCCCACUACCUCCGUCGUCGUCACCCCUUCCUUCGACCUGGCGUUAUGGUAAGCAAUCCUCUCCUCCUCCCUCACCACCACCUCCUCCGCCAACCCGCCAAUAUAAGAUGCAAGCGCCACUGCCUCCGCCACCCCCUCCGGCUCCACCACAGGGUAAGCUCGACAAGAGGAAAGAAAAGCUCAAUCUUUCCGACUUCCCACUACCUCCGUCGUCUCCCCUACUUCCACCGCCUCCACCGCCACCGCCGCUAGCAUCCAGUUCGCAAGAGCUGUUCUCCGACGAUGAGGAGGCGGGGAACACUGACAGUGAAAGAUUCGGGGGAACUGCCGCAAACACGGGGGAGAACGGAACGGAUGAGGGGGUGGCGGUGUUCUGCCCCAGCCCCGACGUUGACAACAAGUCAGAGCUCUUCAUUGCUCGAUUCCGCGCGCGUCUGAAGCUCGAGAAGCUGAACUCGAUACGAGAAAAGCAGCGGCAGAGGCAGCAGCAGCAACAAGAAGAGGAGAUCAUGAUGAUCGGCAGCCUCUUCGGUGACGAUCUCAUCUAAAGAUAAGCUUCGCCAUCUCUCAGCGGCAUCUGCUGCCGCCACCACUACCAUCGAAAUUGAGCUGUUAAAUGCUUUAUUAGCUGCUGCUUGGUUUUAAUCUUCUCGUAAAAUUUCUCUCCUUUGCUGAGAGUUACAGCAGUUCCAACUUCUCAUGCAUUGACAUAGAACCUUUGGCUACAAUUUCAAGUCAACUAGACACAAAUGGCUGCUGGCUGUUUCAACUUGUUAUGGAUCAUCGACGUUCGUGGAGAAAAUACAAGUAGCAGCUCUGAGAAAUCGCUGGGUACCCCCUGGCAUUGCAAAUGAGAAGGGUAGGUGCAAAAGGGGAAGGUUUGGCAGACCUAUUGAUCUAAACAAUGGACCUCAUAAUCAUUAUCGAGUUGGAGGAGCAAAUUCAAACUGCAAACUGUGGUGAUCAUAAGAUGCUCUCCUAUUUCUAAAUACAGCACUUCACCGUCGCAAGUAAUCUCAGACCACAAGCACGCACGGGAGAUUCAUUCAUUGCAGGUUUUGGUUCCCAGUACUCGGUACUAGUAGCAUAUAAGAUUUUCUCAACCUGAUAGCAGAUGAUUAAGUUCCUCCCUGAUCGCUGCAGCAACCGUGCUCAAGAAGAAGCACGGUCCACUGCACCUCGUUGCAGCCAUCUUCGACUCUACUUCUGAUGCUCCGAUCAUUGUUUCCGCAGUAUACACGUCUUGUCAUCGUCAAUGUUAUAACACUCAUCCCUUUCAAACUAUCCAAGGAGGACUUUCAAACUAUCCAAGGAGGACAACUAUGCAUCUUGAUGUGUAUAAUUUUUUAAUCUUUUAUUUGACUAUGAUUUACUGGGCUA